ACUCGGGAGCUGGGACCUGAUAACGCGGGGGUUGGCUCUGGAACUGAUUUGCUAGACGCUGGGUGGGAAAUCUGAGCAACUGUCUUCUGGGACUGGGAAGAGACGCCGCGGGGUGGGUACCCAGAGGAAAAUGUGUUUGGCACGCGGCGCAGCGCGAAUGGCUCGCCUGGCUUUGCAGGGGACGGGGAGCUCCGGAUCCAGAUUGCAGGGGCAGACUGCAGAGCGCGUCCCCGAGGCACGGGCAGCUUUGCGCUGUGCGCAUUCCCGCGCGCUGCUCGCCGCGGCCGCCAGGGGGCGCAGCGGGGUCUCAGCGCGACCACUGUGCGGAGCGGGCAGCCGCGAUCAGGGCGGCGAGUCUGUGGAUGACUUGAACAAAUGGGCCCUGUUUCUUGUGUCUCCCUUCGUACUUGAGGCAGAACACAUAGCGUUUGUGACAGAGAGCAUUUGGGCACAAGGCACCAGUUUCCAGGAGCCAUCAUCCUCAGAAACCGUUGUAAAAUGGUCGGACUGCUGUUUGCCGUUAGCUUGCCGGCCCGGGGACCCCUACCAGUUAAUCGCUAGAGCGAGCGUGGACGACUUCAGCAAGCUGGGGGCGGCCUUCAUGGAGGGCAGGCUCCAGAUGGAUGACGGCCUGAUAGCCCAGAAGAUCGUCUCAGUCCACUUAAAGGACCCUGAUCUGCAGGAACUCGGCAAGGCCUCCGACGAGCAAGUGCAGGCCCCACUCCCGGGCCCGGAAGCCUCCCUCGAGGCCCAGCCGGCAGCGCAAGGUGUCAUGGAGCACGCUGGCCACGGUGCCGGGAAGGCUGCUGGCGAAGGCCCUUCCCCACCGGGGAGGGGCUGUGCCCCCGGAAGUGAGCCUGCUGCAGAUGGGGACCCAGGGCAGGGUUCCACCGAGCUCUGUCAGCUCCACCUGUCCAGCUGCCGCGAGUGUUUGCAACUCGAGAACAGCACCAUCGAGUCGGUGAGGUGUGCGUCUGCUGAGAACAUUCCGGACCUUCCCUGUGAUCGCCGGGAUGGCGGCGUGGAGCGUGCUGCGGGCGAACUCUGCCCUGAACGGAAAGGGAAGAGAGCCAACAUUUCGGGAAAGGCGCCCAAUAUCCUGCUGUACGUGGGCUCUGGUUCCGAGGAAGCCCUGGGCCGGCUCCAGCAGGUGCAGUCUGUCCUGACCGACUGUGUAGACACGGACAGCUACAUUCUGUACCAGCUGCGGGAAGACAGCGCUCGGAGGGACCCGUGGCCGGACAACUGCCUCCUGUUAGUUAUUGCCAGCACGGACCCUGUCCCCAAAGACAUACACCACAAGUUCAUGGCCUAUCUUUCUCAGGGAGGGAAGGUGCUGGGCCUGUCUUCCCCCUUCACGGUCGGUGGCUUUCGGGUGACCAGGAGAGAUGCGCUACAGAACACAGCCCAGAACUUGGUUUUCUCCAAGGCUGACGGGAGUGAGGUACGGCUCAGCGUCCUGAGCAGCGGCUACGUUUAUGAGGACGGCCCGGGCCCUGGCAGGCUCCGGGGCCACCUGGAGAAUGAAGACCAGGAUAAAAUGAUUGUUCAUGUGCCUUUUGGAACCUGCGGAGGGGAAGCUGUGCUCUGCCAGGCACAUCUGGAGCUCCCUCCAAGCGCUUCCCUGGUGCAAACCGAAGACGACUUUAACGUGCUCAAAUCCAGCAACAUGAGAAGACACGAGGUCCUUAAGGAGAUCCUGGCUGCCCUCGGUCUGAGCUGUGACACACCACAGGUUCCUGCCUUAACUCCGCUGUACUUACUGCUGGUCGCUGAGGAAAUCCAGGAUCCGUUUAUGCAGUGGCUUGGGAAGCGCAUGGAUCCUGAAGGAAUCAUAAAAUCCAGCAAGCUCUCCCUUAAGUUUGUCUCCUCCUACACAUCUGAAGCGGAGAUCACCCCGUCUUCCAUCCCUGUGGUCACCGACCCUGAAGCCUUCUCAUCAGAGCACUUUAGCCUAGAGUCCUAUCGACAGAAUUUGCAGACCACGCGCCUUGGGAAAGUGAUUCUGUUUGCAGAAGUGACCUCCACGACCAUGAGUCUCCUCGACGGGUUGAUGUUUGAGAUGCCACAGGAAAUGGGCUUAAUCGCCAUCGCCGUUCGGCAGACGCAGGGCAAAGGAAGGGGCCCAAAUGCCUGGCUGAGCCCUGUGGGGUGUGCCCUUUCCACUCUGCUGGUCUCCAUCCCCCUGAGGUCACAACUGGGACAGAGGAUUCCAUUUGUCCAGCAUUUGAUGUCCCUGGCCGUGGUGGAGGCAGUGAGGUCUAUCCCAGAGUAUGAGGAUAUCAACUUGCGAGUGAAGUGGCCCAACGAUAUUUAUUACAGUGAUCUCAUGAAGAUCGGAGGGGUUCUGGUUAACUCAACACUUAUGGGAGAAACAUUUUAUAUCCUCAUCGGCUGUGGAUUCAACGUGACGAACAGUAAUCCUACCAUAUGUAUCAACGACCUCAUCGAAGAAUACAAUAAGCAGCACAAGGCAGGCCUGAAGCCCUUGCGAGCCGACUGUCUCAUAGCCAGGGCCGUGACUGUGCUGGAGAAACUGAUUGACAGGUUUCAGGACCAAGGGCCGGACGGCAUCCUUCCCCUCUACUAUAAAUACUGGGUGCACAGUGGUCAGCAAGUCCGCCUGGGCAGCAGCGAGGGGCCACAGGUGUCUAUCGUGGGCCUUGAUGAUUCCGGGUUCCUGCAGGUCCACCAAGAGGGUGGUGGGGUUGUGACGGUGCAUCCAGACGGCAACUCCUUCGACAUGCUGAGAAACCUCAUCGUGCCCAAGCGACAGUAGCACCUCUGAGCGUCCAGACAGCUUGGAUCUGCUGCAGCAGCAGCCGUCACUGGGAAGCCGCCACUCCUGGGAGCUCCGAGCAGGCGUACUGUGCUUGCAUAACUGUUGUCUCCGCCCGCCUAUGGCCUGGGACACUAAUGCAGAGUCAGAGGCUGGUGCCAUUUCUUAAUUCUUCAGGUUGUGGGUGCCCUGCCCCCCACCCCCUCCCCACCCUGGGGUUUGAGUUUUUGUUUUUGUAUUUUAUAUAUAUCUGUGGUUUUAUUGGGUGUGUGAAGGUGCAUCUGGGGAGGAUUGACUAACAGGUGAAGAGUUAGUUUAGUCUAGGAGUUUAGUUUGCCUUGUGCAGUAUAGAAGUGCUCUUGCCACACAGGCUUGGAUUCGUGUGUAUUGGGGGGAAAUGAGAAGCAAGGGUUGGCAACAGUGAUGAGAUGGUACAAAUAUAUCCCAAGGAGUGAAGGCCUUUAGCCCUCUGCUAUUCAAACAGUUAUCGCCCACAGCUCAGGUGAGCGCUCAGUGCUGUCCCAGAACACACAAGUGUUUCCUUACACAGUGGGUUGUUGCUCUUUCUCUUAGUCAAGUUGGGCUUCUUGUAGUAUCCUGGAACACGGGACUGAUGGGCACGGAGACGCUGCUAGCCGGCGUGGCCCCCUUCCCAGGGUCAGACGUGGACGUUUUCAAUGUUUAAGCCAUGGUGGCAGCUUCCUUGGAGUCAGAGGCUUGCCUGGGCUGGGGGAGGUGUGGACUCACUCUCUCACCCACACAAGGGAGGAUUCUUGGAGCGUUUGAGCUGAUUAGCCGCAGGCCCUGAUCGUUAGAAGGGGCACUUGUGUCCCCGUAAGCCUGUGUCCCCGAGCAGGACCGAGUGCAGCACUGUGUUGUAAGUCAUGAUUUUCUGCCCCCAAUUUCCUCAUGUCAUGAAAGAGAGAGAGACUGACACAAAAUGCCAUCAGUUUAGACAGAUGUGUGUGUGUGCAGUGCAUGCCUGAUUGCGUGUGUGUGUGUGUGUGUGUGUGUGUGUGUGUGUGUGUGUGUGUGUGUGUGGCUUUAAAAGGAGAUGUUCAAAAUUUGAUGUGCUAAAAGUCUCCGUGGAAGAACAAAGGAGAGGAAGCCUUUCUGGGUCCGUGUUUCCAGAUGUGCUCCGUGCUUUUCUGUGCACCUCCCGUCUCCGAGAGCUUGUGAUUCAUACCCAUCGCUACCCAGCCUGAAGGAACCAGUUCCUGUCUGCCCUCCUGCUUCCUGCCGCUUCAGCUGAAGUGGGUGGAGAGGAAACGACGGAACAGAACACUUAGCUUUGAACAAGAUCCUCGUCGUCGUAAACGAGUACCAUCUUUAUCCAGCUUAUGUCGUCAGGCCAACUCCAGAAACCAGAGGCUUUCAGUAUGGAAACCCAUCUACCUCCAGCCCAGCACAGACAGCCCCAUUUGAACCAAAAAUAACAGGGCAAACUACACCAACCUGUACGUGAGGGGCGGUGACUUUAAAAGAACUUGAAAGUAAAUUUUUUUUGCAAAUAAGACUUUGAUUAAAAUUUUUCUCAAAAGAAAAAGAUACAUAUAUAAGUUUUAGUUCCAAUAUUUUUUUAAACUCAUGUGAGUUUAAAUAAAACUGUACACCACCCAAAAUUACAAAAUGACGGGCCCUUGAGAGAGCGUCUGUAAAAUAUCAUCAAGAAUGAAGAUCUCCAGGCUUGAUGUUGCAAAGCUCCAUUUCUCUGACUUUGUAAUAUAAGGCUGCUCAUCUCUGAGGACCGCCAUCGUUACAUUUUACAUUUCUAUGGGGGAUUAUUUAAUGAAAAACAUGCUAUGUUUUAUUUUAAGCUGAAGGCCCAUUCUGGAUAGUUCUACUUUUGGAGGAAAAAAAUGUUAUCAUUUAAUUUCCUUUCUGUAAGUUAAAACUAAUGAAGUGUGUUCAUGUCAGAGCAGAAAGAGAUGUUUUGGGCAGGCUGGUUUGCCUUGGAGUAGUUACACUGUUUAGGGUGUUCUCGCUUACGCAGACAUGAGAGACAAGUAGCCUGAGGUAGAUGCUGCAUCUCCCAUUAGCCUGACUUUACCUCACAAGAACCAAAGACUUCAGAUUCCACACCGUAGAGAGAGCACUCUGCUGACGGUGUGAAGGCUGCCACGAGCAAGGGUAAGCCCAGGAUCUCCAGGAACUUAACAAGUCUCCUAACUCUGCAGCCUCCUAAUUUUGAGCUGUUGCCACUUAACCCUGAAUCUGCAUUUGCUGUAGAGCAGGUUACUCCUAGUGUAAACCUGCCCCUGGGUGUAUCUACCCCUGGGUGUUGGAAAGCACACAGCAAAAACUGGGUUUCACACGGCUUAGCUAAAGGGAGCGAUGAGGGAGGCCUUCCAGGGAGGGCUGGAAGCGGCGGGCCUGAGUCCUGUGGAUCUUACCGUGCGGGGGAUGGGACCCAAGGAAGCAAUGGCAUGUCGGAGGCUUGGACACGUACACACCCAGUGAGGGAUGACAGACUCUGGGAAGCCCCUACACCUAGCACACAAAGCAGCAGUCCCCCGGCCUAUCUCACCUGGCACUUCCAGAAUGUAGGGCGGGAAUCUUCAGGGCUUUGCUACCCGGACAUGCCAGCAGUGCGACAUCCUCAUUCCUGGUUCAUCUCUAUGCAUCUUUGAAAUAAACAAAAAUGUAAACCUUUGCUACUUUUUUAUUUUUUAGCUUUUCAAAGAAUUAUCUCUGAAAAGAAUUACUAUAAACCUAUGCCUAUAAAGUGAUUCAACCAAAAUAAACUUAGGGUUUUCACUGUGGCUCCAGUGCAUCCUUGCUUUACCCCAGGUCCAUUAAGAAUGGCCAGUAGCUUCUGAUUACGUUGUUUUUAUUUGAUAUUUAAACACGCUUUUAUAUCAAAGAUCACCUGUAAGAAUUCAGGAACCUGGUACUUUGUGAGUUUGUAAUGUAUUUUUGGCAGAAAUCUUACUAGUGGGGGGAAAAGGUUCACAAAGGCUCAAAGUACAAACAAAUCUUAACCAAAAUAAGUGCUUGCCAACUCUGAUCUUUCCGGUUGUUUCCGUUGUAAGAACUGAUCAACUUUCAUUAAAGAUACUUUUGUCCUGA